AUGAAUAAUCUCAUCUUCUUUCUUCGGGACCGAUUCUUGGAGGAUUUUAAAGGAGUUACUAAGCCUAUUGAUUUUAUGGAGGUUGAAUUUGCUGUGGCUGUCUCCAAAACGUACCCAAACGCUAAGAAGAAAAGCUACAAGAUUCCUAACAAUGUUUCAAAAUAUGUUGGCAAGGACCGCCAAUGGUUCACGGAUGUCGAGCGUCUCUACUGCCCAUAUAUGAUUCAUGGCCACUGGAUCGGCCUUUGCAUUGACCUAUCUUCCCAUGAGAUUACCGUACUACAACCAGACCCUACAAAAUACGCCUUCAAUGAACUUACGAAGGAGCUACAACCUCUUGCUGAGUCGUUACCAUUUGUCAUAACCAAAUGUGCUACCAAUUCUGAAAUGGACGCAGACAUGACUAAACCGUUCACUAUCACCAGCUAUGCGGGUGAAUGGAAAAUCAAACGCAAAGGUUCACAUGGCAUCACGGCUAUGUUGCUUUUUGAGCUACAUGCAUCGACUACCCUUAAUUUUUUGCCUAACCUCGACGAAGCAAGUGUCAUAGAUGUUGGGAAGAACUAUGGCGUUUAG